GUGUGACAUUAAGUAUUUAUAUUGUGCAUACACUGUGAAACUUUUGGCUGAAAAUUGUUAUGAUCUACAUACAACAUAAAAAUAUGUAGGGUACCAUAGAUGAUACAAUUUAUAUUUUUUGCACAGGAAGUUACAAUUGAUCCGAGAUUAGUACCUAAAGUUGGUAUGACAUUCAGUGGGGUGGAUGAAGCAUAUAAAUUUUAUAGUAGGUAUGCAUAUGAAGUUGGAUUUCCAUUGAAAAAGUAUAGGGAACGGAAAAAUUGUAAGUGGUUGAAUUGCUCGAUGGAAGGCAAAAGAUCAGUAAGGGGAAUAUCAAACCCAAAGGUACGUAGUACCAGUUCGAAACGGACACAAUGCAAGGCCGGUAUGAAACUUAAAAAAAUUUAUGAUGAUGCAAAAGAGACAGUUAUAUCAGUGCGUAUUGAUCUGUUGCACUUGGAUCAUAAUCAUGAAUUUUUUAAAAAGGAUACCGAAAAGAAUCAAUUACAAUGCAACAAGACGCAUGAUCCUGAAUACAUGGAGUUCAUAAGUUCAAUGCAAGAGAGUCGAAUCCCGCAACAUUGUAUUAUGGAUUAUGUAUCAGAAAUGCACGGUGGCCCUGAGAGUGUGCCUGUAACAGCACAGGACAUGUAUAACCUGUAAGUUUAUGAUAUGCUCCGAUUGAUAUACAUAAUGAUAUAUGCUGGUUGUUGUUUCUGCCUAAUGCUAAAUUCUCACAAUAAUUUCAGGAAAAAGGCAAAGCAACGAGAAAGAAAUGCAAAUGAUGUGGCAAAGCUACUAUCCUUUUUUGCAUCCUGCAAAAAGGAUAAUCCACAAUUUUUCUCUGACUUCCAAUUGGAUAAAGAAGGCAAGAUUUUAAGCAUAUUUUGGUCACAUGCAAGCCAGCAAGGGGAUUACAUUGAUUUUGGUGAUGCGGUUACAUUUGACACAACACAUAAGACUAAUCUGUAUGAAAAACCACUAGGUAUGUUUGUUGGUUCAAAUCACCACCUACAUUGCACUAUAUUUGCUUUCGCAUUGUUGGGGGAUGAAACUGUUGAUACAUUUGAAUGGGUAUUCAACGCCUUCAAAACAUGCAUGGGAACCGAAGGUCCACGAGUGAUGCUGACAGGUACGACUGAUAAUAAUGAAUUAAAUGUAUAUACAUCAACUAUGGCUUAAAUUAGAUAUUAUUUUCUUUAUAUAACAUGGAAUAAGAUUCGUACAAUUGUGUCAUAUAUGUUUGCAGAUCAAGAUCCUGCAAUGCCAGUAGCCCUCGAGAGGGUUUUCCCGCAUACAAUACAUCGUUUAUGUCUAUGGCAUGUGCAAAAUAGGUAUAUGCCUUUUCUAAACGAGUUGUAUGCAAGAUUUGAGGAAAUGGACUUUAAGACACGGUUUCAAUCUAUAAUACAUCAUCCUUUGACUGAGUUGGAGUUUGAGACUGCAUGGUCAAUGCUACUUGAAGAUUUUGAUCUGCACGAUAACAGUACUCUGGAUAAGCUGUAUGGAAUACGUAAGGAUUGGGUGCCUGCUUUUUUUAAAAAUCAUUAUUGUGGUCUAAUGUUGUCUACACAGCGUAGCGAAAGCAUGAACAAGCUUGUCAAAAGUGCACAUGUUGAUGCAAAUACUCCGCUUCAUCAAUUCGCCAAGCAAAUGAUGAAACUUCUACACAGUAGAAAGAUGAAAGAGUCAAAAGAAGCAGUGGGAAGCAUGGGUAAAAAGGAAACGAACACGCUAUACAUGUUUGAGAUAAGGGUUGCAAGAGCAUACACAAGGGCUGUGAUGUGUAGAUUCCAGGAAUCUUUGAAAUAUGCAACCGCAUUCAAGAUAAUGCAUGACGAUGAAGGGGGUGCAAAUGAUUGGGUAGUGCAACAUACAACUAGAUCGAAUAAAAUUGUUUGGGGACAGCACCAAUUCAAAGUCACAGCUGAUGAAGAUGCAGGAAAGUAUACUUGUGAAUGCAAACAUUGGGAACAUACAGGGCUAUUCUGUGUACAUGUACUACGCGCGUUUAUGCAUCUUCAGAUUGACCGGAUACCGAAAGAAUAUAUUUUACAAAGAUACACCACCUCUGCAAGGCAAGAUGUUUCGUUUUCAAGAGAUGAUAGGAAUUUGAAGGGGAAGGAUGGAGAAACUAAGUCAUAUAGACAGAAGAUGUUGCUUAAAAAGGCAAUGAAAGUAGUGCAUCAUGCUAGUUUAUCCAAAGCAGGAAAUGAUAGAGCCCUAACAGUAAUGGAUGAGCUUCUCGAAGUACUUUCGCGUUUGGAAACAGAUAUAGACGUUGAGGAAACUUGUGGAACUAGUGGAGGAGAUGGUAUACAGGACGAUGAUGAAGCCAAUAGAGACAACGAAAAGGAUGAUGAAUUUGACGAAAGGAAUAAUAAGGUUUGA